AUGCUUCGUGUGGCUGCAGCCGAACGAAAUCGCCAGCCAAUUUUAAAAGUUCUUCAAGAUUAUAUUAAUUCAUCUCCAACGAAAUAUUCAUUUUGGCUUUUCGAAAUCGCUUCCGGCUCGGGUCAACAUGCGUAUUAUUUUGCUUCACAUUUUCCAAAUUUAAUUAUUCAACCUUCUGAAAUCGAUCCAUCCUAUAUCAGUUCGAUUAACGCUUAUCGAGAGAAAUUUAAGUUGCCUAAUUUGCUCGAACCGAUAAUUUUUGAUGUUUCUAAGCCUCUGGAUCAUUCCAUUUUGCCAAAAGAUUUUCGUUAUCAAAUUGAUAUAGUUCUAAGUAUAAAUUUAAUCCACAUAAGCUCAAAUGCUGCUGUCGAUGGUCUUUUCAUGGUAUCAAAGGCCCUACUUAAGCACGGAACAGGAAAACUUAUAACGUAUGGUGCUUAUGCUGCUGACGGUCAGAUAACACCCCAGAGUAAUGUGGAUUUUGAUUCAGGUUUGCGGGCAAGUAAUUCAGAAUGGGGAUUGAGAGAUAUAGCAGAACUAAAGCAGAAAGCAUCUUGCAAUGGUUUAUCGCUAAUUUCGAUACACGAUAUGCCAGCGAAUAAUAAAAUGUUAAUAUUCAAAUAUGAUAUGUGA